CCUGCCCACCCCCCUGGCCUUGGGGGCUCAGGUAUAUCCAGGGGGCCCUUGGGGCUCGGGAGGCCUUGGCGAUGGCGUCGGCACUGCUGGUGACACUGGUGGCCUUGGUGGCCGUGCUGGGUGGGGGGGUGGAGGCCCAGUGCCCCAGCGCCUCCGAGGUGCGCACCGCCAACGGCACCCGCCUGUGCGCCCUGCUCUACACCGACAACAGCCCCUACUACGACCAGUGCUGCGCCGGCGACGUGCUGGAGGUGGAGCCGGACAGCGAUGUGCCCUACAUGCCCUUCAAGUGGUCUGGCCGCACCUCCUCGCUCGUGGUGGGCACCCGCUGCGAGCUCAACGUGUGGUCGCGCAGUGGCAAGGAGGGCAGCACGCGGCGCUUCAGCGCCGGCGCGGUGCCGCGGCUGCAGGAGGUGCGCCGGGGGCUCUUCGGAGACUGGAACGACGCCAUCCGUGGGUACUACUGCACCUGCAAGUGAGGGCGUGGCCACGCGGGCAGGGGGCCAGAGCCAGGGGGACAGCGAGUCAACGUGAGUCAACGUGGGCCAAGUCACACCAACAUGGGCCAACACACGACAACACAGGCCAAGACGAGUCAACCUCAGCCAACGUGAGUCAACACAAGUCAACGUGGGCCGCGUCGUGCCCCUCGUGAGCCCACGCGUGUCCCAUGGGCCGACACGUGUCAACAUGGCCAUGACCUGUCCCUGCCCCCCCUCUUGUAGGAAAUAAAGCCCUGAGGCAGCAGCA